AUGCAAGCAAAGCAGGGUCGUCCACGCAACAGAAUUUCUUCGAUGGACGCGAAUUUCUCAGGAAACGAUGACCAGCCAGGCAACGGUUAUUGUUACGACAAAUUCGUUAAGUUCAACAAUCAAGUGUCGAGGCUGCAUCUAUUUCCAACAUUAACAAAUCAUACAGUCAUUCUAACUUUAGAUACGUCCGCUUCAUCGAACGACUUGUGCAAACCGGAUUCGCCUUGCAAACAACGUCAAACAUUGGAGACUUUGAAAUGGCUUUCAGAAAACUAUGAGCUCGUUGAUGGUGUUUGUGUGCCAAGAUGUGUUCUUUACACUCAUUAUUUGGAUUAUUGUAAAAGGGAAAAUUUCUCGCCAGUUAGUUCGGCAUCAUUCGGCAAAUUAGUGCGUCAAAAGUUUCCAAAGCUCACCACAAGAAGAUUGGGAACAAGAGGACAAUCAAAGUAUCAUUAUUAUGGUAUAUCGAUUAAAGAAUCUUCUGUAUAUUACCACUCAGUAUAUUCUGGAAAUACGAGUUCCAGGGGUUCGUUUUUCGCGGAGAGAAAGAAGAGAAAUUCUAGCACGUUUUCUUCUGACAAGGAAACACGCAACACCUUGCCGAAAUUUCCAAAUGCAGCUGAUAUGAUUCUCAAAGAUGGUUUAUCUGUCGAUAAAGUUGACACAUUCAUUGUUAUGUAUCGCACGCAUUGUCAACGUUUGCUGGAUUCCGUUAUGAAUGCAAACUUUAACGAGGUUCAUAAAUUAUUGCUCCAUUUUUGGGGUGGAAUGCCUACACACAUGGCACAAGUAUUGCAGAGCGAUGCCGUCGUUGAUGUUAUCAUCGUUUGUGACUCGUUGCUGUAUAGGAUCCUUACUGAUAUACUAGUACCCUCUUCCGUCCUGGAUAUCCCUGAAAGUUUUUUGGUUGAGAUACAAGACUUUGCUGAAAAUUUUGUUGUCUCUCUUCUGUCGUGUUUGGAGAACGUUUCUGUGAUUUUACGAAGUAAAAAGUUACAAGUGGCAAAGAAUUUUUCUAGAGUUUUGAAGAGAAACAUGGCAUUCAUUACUUUAGCUCAGGUGAGCACUUCAAUUUAUAUUCAAUUGAGAUAUCCAAUAUAUGUGAAGUUGCUUGAUCCUGUUGUACUUCGUAACGCUGCUCGACCUGUACUUCUUUCUUAUGAUUCAAUGUCGGCUAUCAUGGACGAAUUUCGUUCUUUGGAUAUGAAAUCAAUUUUAACUCAACUUUUAUUUUUGACUGAAUGUGAAAGCACAGAUGUCGGCUUAUUAAUGAUGCUGUUGGAUGAGUUUGAGCGUAUCUUGGUGAAACAGGCUCCAAUCGAAGCCUAUACUGAAUGGCUGGAAGGCAUCUUUGAGGAGUACGUUUUGAAGGAUACGUGUCAAGAAAACCAUUCGUUGGAAAGUUUGGCAAAGAAAUCAAAAUCAUUUUUAACGAAGUGGGCGUUCGUCACCUCGCGUAUUUUGCAAGAGAUGACGUUGAACGCGGCGCCAAACUUUGGCACAUUUCAACUGAUUGUGAUGAUUUUUGAGGAGUACAUUCUCUUGAUUAUCGAGAGAGAAAUGAUAUCACUCAUUGACAAAGGUCUCCAAUGCCGCAUUUCUUUGCAUUUGAAGAAAUCUUUCACCGAUGAUCGAGCUGAUUUUGACUGCAUUCAAAUGUUUGGUUCAUCAAACAACGACACGGUCGAAAAUUUCACAGAGAAGCUAAAUCGAAAAGAGACAUAUUUUCAACAAACACUUGGUGAUAUCGAUCGCGAAAUAAACCGAUCUUGGUACAACGAAGAUUCAUUUCAAAAAGAUGUAAAUUUCGGUCAGUUACAGGGAUUUCUGCCCACCAGGAAUACUUCCUUCCAUCCCAAUCAAAUCCAUGUCCUCCAUCGGAGUCACCAUUCUUCGUCAUCAGAAGCAACUCAAACCAGACAGAAUAACACAGCGACGAUUUUAUUUUCACAAAACGCACAACAUUGCUUUCAAGGGCGAACUUGCUUUGACGGUGACGUCAGCAAUGAGAACGAGCAUCGCCUAUCUUGCAAUACUAUUGUUUAUAACGGAUUUCGAGCUUCAAAUUACCGCGAGGAACUUGCAUCACACUGUACAGGAGUCGAAAACUCAAAUGUGAGUCAAUCCUUUCAUCGUGAUGCUCAAGGCCCAGUAAAUCAUUUCGCCAGAUCAUAUGAGAUGAGCGAAGUUCAGCAGAACAAAAUUCAUUAUUACGAAGGUCAGGAUCAAAGUCACUUUACCGGAGUUCAGGAUCCACCACUCUUUCCCUCCGUCAACGCAGUUAUUCAAUGUCAUUCCACGUUUGACGUACACCAGCCUCAGACUGGCGAAUCUCAAGUGGUGGACUCAAAUCUGAUCAAUGAUUAUUUCAAACAUACUGAAUUCGAUAAUUCUGAAGAUUUUCAAACAUCACAGCCUGCUUACAAAGCCUUCAAUUCACAAAGAAAUUAUUCUCUUUACCCCGAGACCUUUUUACCACCAAUCAGUCAACUGACUUCGCAGCUUACCACCAAUCAGUGAACUGACUUUGCAGCUUACCACCAAUCAGUGAACUGACUUUGCAGCUUACCACUAAUCAGUCAACUGACUUUGCAGCUUACCACCAAUCAGUGAACUGUCUUUGCAGCCUACCACCAAUCAGUCAACUGUCUUUGCAGCUUAUCACCAAUCAGUGAACUGACUUUGCAGCUUACCACCAAUCAGUUAACUGACUUUGCAGCUUACCACCAAUCAGUGAACUGUCUUUGCAGCUUACCACCAAUCAGUCAACUGUCUUUGCAGCUUACCACCAAUCAGUGAACUGACUUUGCAGCUUACCACCAAUCAGUGAACUGACUUUGCAGCUUACCACCAAUCAGUGAACUGACUUUGCAGCUUACCACCAAUCAGUGAACUGACUUUGCAGCUUACCACCAAUCAGUGAACUGACCUUGCAGCUUACCACCAAUCAGUGAACUGACUUUGCAGCUUACCACCAAUCAGUGAACUGACUUUGCAGCUUACCACCAAUCAGUCAACUGCCUUUGCAGAGGGUUCAAACCAAGCUGAACCUAAUGCUUCAACCAUGGGCGUACGAAGGGAGGAGACAUAUUCAUAUCCAGUUUUUGUUCUUCUGGUUAAUAGAGUUCGAUUUAAAUUAUUUCAAAUGCUAUGAUUACAUUGCGUUGGACUUGUGGAAAACCUCUUUUAUUGUAUGAGAAGAAAUUUUUCAUGAAUUGCUUAGUUGACUUUCAAGUACUUAAUGGAUGCAAUUGGUUUUUAAAGAAGCCUCGAUUUAAGUAAGGGUCAGAGCAUAAUCAAAUGUGUUCUAUGGGAUGUACAGAGGUGUAUUGCCAAAAUUUUAACAUCUGUGGGGGGGGCUCUUUGAUAUACUUAUGUUACCACUGCUGAAUAUACUCUCCGAUUUAUAUUACUAAUACUAAUACUACAACAAGGGGGGUGAAGACUCCAAAAUCCCCUCCCUGUGUAUUUUAAUAAUGUUGCACGAGUGAUCAUAACAGUCUUACAGAAUGAUCAAUGAUCUCCCUUCACGAGGGAAUUAAGAAAUACAACGCGCUUCAUUUAAUUGGCUCAUUGGAUAUCUGUGAGUAUAAUCAUAUACUGGAGUUCAUUCAGUGAAAUUCUUCAUUUUGAGUUUCAAUAACGACGAGGAUGGGACACAGAAGCACGCUUGUUCCCAAGUACAAAUGCGCACGCAAUUUGUUUUUACUCGUGAGAAUAUCAGAUUCCUCGCAAGCGUGUUGUGGAAGAGGGAAAUGAAGAGACUUGCUCUUACUCCAUGGCAGUAGAGGUAACUGCUUAAGCAUGGUUGAAGUUGGUUUUAAUAAUUUAAUUUUUGAAUUACUAACUUUACAUGUGCAUGAUGGUUAUUGAGUCUGUAAUGAGCGUAUCUUAAUUUUAAUAUAAAUAUGGUUUUACAGUAGCAGUA